AUGCAAACCAGCUCAAUGCAAAACCUACGGGCAACACUCUUACGAGGCCUACUUGUGUUGGCUGCCCCCGCAGUGGCAAGUUGCCACUGUUCAACAGCACCUCAAGCAUGUUCAAUUCUCGCGUCGGCGUUGCCAGCUGAAGCGUUCGUUGCGCCAAACUCAACGGGCUACGAGACAGUUCAGAGUAGCUACUGGAGCGAAACGGCGGGUGAUCUGAGCCCGGCUUGCAUCACACGUCCCAAAAACACGGAGCAGGUGGCAUCCAUCGUGAAGAUACUCUCGUCCUGUGGUAGUGACGUCCAGUUUGCCGUUAAAAGUGGUGGUCAUGGAUCGUGGCCCGGCUGGUCCAGCACCGACUGUGGAGUUCUCAUUUCGUUGGACUUGAUUGAUGGAGUCCAGAAUGUGGCUGACAGUGGCUAUGCCGUUGUAGGGUCCGGCGCGCGAUGGGUUGAUGUGUACAAGAAGCUUGAACCUCACGGGGUGACUGUUAUUGGGGGCAGAUUUGCCUCGAUUGGCGUUGGUGGGCUUGUCGUUGGGGGAGGCAUUAGCUACUUCACCGGACUGCACGGCAUGGCUUGUGACAAUGUUCUCGACUACGAAGUUGUCCUUGCGGGCGGGACCGUCGCCAACGUCAGUCAAACAUCCAAACCCGACCUCUUUCGUGCACUCAAGGGCGGUGGGAACCAGUUCGGCAUCGUGACGCGCUUCAGUCUCAAGACAUACAAGCAAACGACACAGGUUUGGGCCGGUAUCUUGACCUUCUCUAUCGACAAGGCCAGUCAAGUUUUCAACGCCAUGCAGACCUUCAUCGCUAGGUAUGAUCCUCUAUCGCACAUAUACCUCAGCAUGGGAGGGGGCUCCAACCCUCAACUGUCAUUUAUAAACGUCUAUAUCUUUUACAACGCUUCUUCACCACCGGCCGGCGGCGCAAAUCCUUUUGCAGCCUUUUACGCAGCCGAACCAAUUGCAGACACAACCUCCACACAGAACUACUCAACCCUGAUAGCAUUGAACAACAAUGGCAACACGCCGCAGAACCGUUGGUUGAUCGGUGGCCACACAUUCCCUAACUUGUUGGCGCCGUACGGCGCUGAUAUGUACCUGAAGCAAUGGCAGGCCUUUCGAGACAUGGCCAACUCCACAGCAGCCGGUGAUCAGAACCUGCUCUUUUCCAUGGCGUUGGUGCCAGUACCAGCGGUCGCGAUGCGAGCUGGUGAGAACGUUACAGGGGUACAGAACGUGCUUGGCCUUGAACCUGACGCUGGUGAUGCCGUUUGGAUCGACUACACGCUAGCCUGGCUGGAUACCAAGGACGACAGAAAGAUGUUCGGGUUUGUCGAGCGCAUCAGCAAUGCCGGAGAUAGGUUAGCAACGUCCUUUGCGCCUGGAGUAGCCAGCACAAACGCCAUCCCGGGUGCUGUAACAGCCAAGGAGGCAGAGUUUUACCGGACUAACCCGCGGUACAUGAACUACGCGCUUCUGGACCAGCCUGUGCAGUCUAGUUACGGUAAGAAGAAUGAGCGGUUCUUGAAGCGUGUGCAGAAGCGAUAUGACCCGAAUGGGUUAUGGAGAAAGAACGGUGGAUUUUUAUGGGAUUGA